UUAGUGGAUGAAAAUCCAAUUUUUCUGGCGAAUUCUUCACCACAAAGAUGACACAACUGAAUGUUAAAAACGUUAUAUAUAGCUUCACACAUGACACACCUCCAGCAUUUGCAUAACUGGUUAUUAAAACAGACAAAGAUCGGCACAGCUCGCAGACGCCACACAGCUCGUCUUCUUCACUUUGCUAAACUGGACUGAAGGACUGAAGGACUAUGUCUUCUAAAAGGAAGAUUGUAGUUGUUAUCCUGGGAAGAGAUGAAGCCUUGAAGAAAGCUCUAAUAACCAACAUCCUGGGAAAAGAUUUAUCCAAACUAAAUAAAAGACAAGCUUUGAAAAACACUGAGAUUUAUGUAAAUGAUAUAUAUGAAGUCAUAUUUACACCAGACUUGUAUGCAGAAUUUAAGGACAUACAAGACUUGUUGUGUAUUAAUCGAUAUCCUGACAUGUGUUUGCUGGUGGUAGAACAUGGCUUUUCAGCAGACGAUGCUCGGAAGCAGAUAGAACAUCUGAGCAAUAAGACUGAAAAACCUACAGAAGAGUUUAUGGUUUUGCUUCCACUGAACUGUAAACGCACAGAUUACCCGUUCAGAUCCUGCACCAUGGAGCAGGUUUUCUGUGAGCUCGACAGACUGGCUGAAGGCAGAAAUCUGAUGCCAGCAAAAACAAAGAUGACAGAUAAACCUGUUCCACCUUUGCCAGCACCACGCACUGAGAUUGCAAUGGCAGGAAAACGUACCAGUAUCAAAGUGAACCUUGUUCUCCUGGGAAUGUCUGGGACUGGAAAGAGUGCCAGUGGGAACACCAUCCUUGGAAAGCCAGUCUUCUUCUCUAGACCCAGUUCAAAGUCAGUCACCAGAGAUUGUGAGAUAGCAGAAACAGAGAUAAAUGGCAAACAUGUGCGUGUGAUAGAUACUCCAGACAUGUUUGAUGAUGAAACUGAAGAAUCAGUUAAGAACAAAUAUCUAAAACGGUGCAAAGAGCUCUGUGAGUCACACCCUUGUGUGUUUGUACUUGUGAUGCAUAUAAGCAGAUUUACAGAUGGUGAGAGAAACAUACUGAAACAACUGGAAAAAGCUUUUGGGAGGAAUGUUAAAGAACAAAGUGUCAUCCUGUUCACUAAAGGAGAUGAUUUGCAUCGUGCUGGAAAAACGCUGACUGAUGUUCUGCAUAGUUGCCAACCUGAUCUGAAGGAAAUGAUUCAACAGUUUGGCAACAGAUGUGUUCUCUUUGAGAAUAACAGAUCAGGUUCAGCUCAGGUGGAAAAGCUGCUGGACACAGUGAUCAUGGUGUUAGAAAAACAGCAGAAAUUAUAAUGUCAUGUGUAGUGUAUCUUUACAUGUCCAGUGUAAAGAUAUAAAAAAUAGUUUGACCAUGAAGUUAUUUGAUAUCUUAAACUCGUAGAUAAAAAUGUUAUAAUUUUAAUUUUUAGCCAUAAUUUUUCUUUGUUUUCUACAAACCGGCGAAUGAACGAUUGAUUUCUUGUUUUGUUUGGGGUUU